AUGCUGCUGGCAGGAGCAAUCAGCACAAUAUAUAGCUCCAGGGGAAAAAGUCCAGCGACAGAACGCCAUGGCUUCUGACAAAGGUCCUUCAACUGCAGAUGCCACCUUGAGCAGAAGAAUUGAACCCUGGGAAUUCGAAGCCUUCUUUAACCCCGGAGAGCUCCGUAAGGAGGCAUGUCUCCUCUAUGAGGUCAAGUGGGGCAGGAGCCAUAAGACCUGGCGAUACUCAGGCAAAAACACCACCAAGCACGUUGAAAUCAAUUUUAUAGAAAAAUUUACUUCAGAAAGACAUUUUAGCCCCCCCGUCAGCUGCUCCAUCACCUGGUUCUUGUCCUGGAGUCCCUGCUGGGAAUGCGCCCGGGCUGUUAGAGAGUUUUUGAGUCAACACCCUGCUGUGACUCUAGUUAUUUACGUAGCAAGACUUUUUCACCACAUGGAUCAACAGAACCGUCACGGGCUCAGGGAUCUCAUUAACAGUGGCGUGACUAUCCAGAUCAUGAGACUCUCAGAGUAUGAGCACUGUUGGAGGAAUUUUGUCAACUACCCACCUGGGGAAGAAGGUCACUGGCCAAGAUACCCACUUCUGUGGACGAAGCUGUAUGCACUGGAACUCCACUGCAUAAUUCUAAGCCUCCCUCCCUGUUUAACAAUUUCAAGAAGAUGUCAGAAUCAGCUUACAUUUUUCAGACUCACUCCUCAAAAUUGCCAUUACCAAAUGAUUCCGCCCCAUAUCCUUUUAGCUACAGAGCUGGUACAACUUCCUGUGACUUGGAGAUGAAUAGAAUGAUUCCUUGUACAUACUAUUUCAAGAACAGGCAAUGAUGAC